GUGAGAUUAAUGUCUCCUAUUACCCGCAAAAAAAGGGAGAAGAGGAGCGAACGCGUGUGUUGAGGAACAGUAAGGGGACAAGAUGGCAACUUCUUUCAUGGACUUUGAAGAAGAACUCAUUCCACUUUCCCAGGAAUCAGAUGAUUUUGAAGUUACCCCAACACCUCCAAAGAGAUUUAGGAGGAGCUCUUGUGAAGACACAAAUCAAAACAAUAGUUCAAGGUCACAUGACCGUGGCUGGGAGGCAUGGAAUAGUGAGGUUCUGGCAGCGAAACUUGAUGAAGAGGGUCUUAGUGAUGUAGCAGAAAUUUUUAAAGGUCAAGAGAUAGUUGGAUGUGUUUUACCCAGACUUACUGAAGAUCACCUCGAUAGAUAUGGUAUCAGUAAAUUAGGAAAGAAGUUGCAAGUAAUGAAGUUUAUAGAAGAACUGAUUAUGAAUGUAAAGGAUAUAGACAUGGACGAAAGUAAAAGAAAGAUAUUUAAUGAUCCAAUACAUGGACACAUUGAGUUACAUCCCUUGUGUGUUCGGAUUAUAGAUACCCCACAGUUCCAGAGACUUCGGUUUAUCAAACAGUUAGGAACAUGCUACUUUGUUUAUCCUGGAGCAACUCACAACAGAUUUGAACAUUCCCUCGGGGUUUGUCAUUUGGCAGGGCGUCUUGUUAGGGCUAUAAAAAGACGGCAGCCAGAACUUGGUAUAACAGAUAAAGAUGUUCUCUGUGUGGAAAUAGCUGGUCUCUGUCAUGACCUUGGUCAUGGACCAUUCUCACAUCUUUUUGAUGGCAAAUUUAUUCCACAUAUGUGUCCAGAAACCAAAUGGAAGCACGAAGAUGCAUCCCGGAUGAUGUUCCGUUACAUGUUAGAGGAGAACAAUUUACAUCCCGUGUUUGAGAAGGAAGGCCUGUCUCAUACAGAUAUAACCUUCAUAGAAGAACAAGUAACUGGACCAAAGAAAAACCUCGAAAGUGGUAGCUGGCCGUAUGACGGCAGACCAAAGAAUAAAAGUUUCUUAUAUGAGGUUGUUGCCAACAAAAGAAAUGGUAUAGAUGUGGAUAAGUGGGAUUAUUUUGCCCGAGACUGUCACAUGCUUGGUAUCAGGAACAACUUUGAUCACAACAGGUGUAUACAUUUUGCUAGGGUACUGCAGGUGGAAGGAGAGUUGCAGAUUUGCUCUAGGGAUAAGGAGGUGGGCAACCUGUAUGACAUGUUUCACACAAGGAGUACACUGCAUAGACGAGCAUACCAGCAUAAAACUACAAAUAUCAUAGAUACCAUGAUUGUUGAAGCUCUAGUCAAAGCAAAUAAUUACAUCAAGUUUGCUGGAAAAGAUGGUCAUGAGGUGAGAAUGUCAGAUGCCAUACACGAUAUGAAAGCUUACAGCCAAAUGACUGACCACGUGUUCUUUCUGAUUCUCAACUCUACUGAGCCCAAACUACAGGAAUCCAAGGAAAUUCUCAGCAAUAUAAUGAGGAGGAAUUUAUACAAAUGUGUUGGUCAGACACAACUCAAACAUGAACACAUCAUUUCAAAGGAUCAGUUGCCAAAGAUAACAGGGGAGAUAUUGUCAAAAAUGGAUCCAGAUGAACUAGAGUGCUCUAACCUGAAACCAGACAAAGUCAUUGUCCAUUUAGUUUACUUGGACUAUGGCAUGAAAGAUAAGAACCCUAUUGACAAUGUACGAUUCUACAGCAAGGAAAAUCCAAAUGUGGCAGUCAGAGUACGAAAAGACCAGGUGUCAAACCUGCUACCUGAAACAUUUGCGGAACAACAGAUUCGAGUGCACUGUAAACUUGUAGAUACAAGAACACUAGAUAUGGUGAAACGUGCAUUCUGUGACUGGUGUAAAGAUAAUAAUCUUCCAUCUCCAAAGGGUGGUGAAGUCAACUCCCUAGAGUUGACACCAGUGACCAAACAGACUCGGGCUUCUACUCCAAACAAUGGUGUACAGAACGGAACAUCAAAUGACCACACACCAGACAGUGCAGGAAAAUUCAAGUCCCGUCUCUCAUUUUGAAAGCAGUUUUGUUGCUCAGGGAAAUAUGAAUACAGCAAAAAUUUGGGAUAUAUUGGAUACUGGGACCUAUAAGAUUUUUAUACCCCCCACAAAAUGAAGUUUGGGGGGUAUAUAGGAGUGAGCUUACCAGUCUGUCUGUCUGUCGGUACGUUGGUUUUCGUGGUUUCCUGACAGUAACUCAUGAAAGGCUUGACAGAUUUAAAUAAUUUUUAGUACACAGGUGUAGCAUCAGAAAAUACAGGUCAGACUUUGAGGUCUGUAGGUCAACGGUCAAGGUCACAUUGACCCUGAACAGUUAAACGGUUUCCAGAUGAUAACUUGAAAACGCUUUGUCUAGGACCAUAAAUUUUGGUACACAAGUGUAACAUCAUGAAAUGCAGGUCAAGUUUGACUGAGGUCAAAGGUCAAGGUCACAGUGACCCUGAACAGUUAAAAUGGUUUCCGGAUGAGAACUUGAGAAUGCUUUGGCGUAGGAUCAUAAAUUUUGGUACACGUGUAACAUCAUGAAAUACAGGUCAAGUUCGACUUUGAGGUCAGUAGGUCAAAGGUCAAGGUCACAAUGACCCGGAACAGUUGAGCAGUUUCUGGAUGAUAACUUGAGAACGCUUAGGCCUAGGAUCAUAAAUUUUGGUACACAGAUGAUACAUGAUAAAAUACAGUCAAGUUUGACUUUGAGGUCAGUAGGUCAAAGGUCAAGGUCACAAUGACCCGAAACAGUUAAACAGCUUCCAGAUGAUAACUUGAGAAUGCUUGGGCCUAGGAUCAUGAAAAUUGAUAGGGAGGUUGGUCAUGACCAGCAGAUGACCCCUAUUGAUUGAUUUUAGGUCAGUAUGUCACAGGUCAAGGUCACAGUGACCCUGAACAGUUAAAAAGUUUUCGGAUGAUUGCUUCAGAACGCUAAGGCCUAGGAUCACAGAACUUAAUAGGGAGGUUGGUCAUGACCAGCAUAUGACCCCUAUUGAUUUCGAGUUCAAAAGGUCAAAGGUCAGAGAGAUCCGUUUCAGGACAAUAACUUGAGAACACUUUGGACGACUUCACAGGUCAAGGUCACAGUGACCCUGAACAGUUAAAAAGUUUUCGGAUGAUUACUUCAGAUCGCUUGGGCCUAGGAUCACGGAACUUAAUAGGGAGGUUGAUCAUGACCAGCAUAUGACCUCUAUUGAUUCAGUAGGUCAAAGGUCAAGCAAAUUGUGCUUCGACAUUGGCUUAGUUCUGUGACAAGGCCGUAUUGUGGGGGUAUAAUUCGUCACUCCUGUGACAACUCUAGUUUUGGGUGGAGUGGUGGGUUGGUGUGGGGGAAUAAUUCUAGGCUUUAUAAUACAUUGUUAGUGUUGUAAAUGUAAAACCUGUGAAGUUGCUGGGUAAUGCUUGCAUCACUUUUAUUUUGCCAUUGGAUUGAUAACAGUCAUAUGUAUUAGAAAUUUGCUUUUUCUAAGAUUUUAUUCUCAUGACACUGUUGGAUAUAUAUUGCUUCUUGAAUUCACAAAAAUUUAAAUAGCGAAUAUUACACCAUCACAAUAACAACGAUCGUUUAUUUAACUGUUAAGCCCUGUCUGCAGCAUCUGCUGUACCUUGUACCAGUGUUUGCUGUAUAAUAGGUUCAUUCCAUCUAUUCAAAGCUAAAAUGAAAAAUUAAGAUUUGCAUCAAGAAUCUGCGCUGGUUCUUUUAUGAAAUGAUACUGGGUUUUAUAGUAGGGAGUUAGUUUAUUUAUUGAUUAUGUUUUAUUAAUCCCUAUUGAUACACAUAUCCUAAAUGAUCAUUGAAAGCCAAAGGUCAGUGGGAAGGUCCCAAACUCGAUAAAUAUCUGUUUUUGUUUAUAGUAAACUUCUACAUUAUUAAUAAUAUGAUUGCGAUAUUUCAAAAUCUGGACAUUUGGCAUUCAUACAUAUUACCUCAGAAGAAACAUGUGUUCAUUUUAUGUGGAUUGUAACAGCAGCCUAUGACUGCCCACUGUGUAAGUGUUUUAUCUUUUCUUGGCUGUCACAUGCAUUAAGACUGUCCAAACAUUUUCAAAUAACUAUUUCAAAGUAAUUUACUCGAACUUUUGCCAGAUUUUUUAGAUUAAUAGGUAUCUUUUUAUGACAAGAACUGUGUGGGUAGCUAUUUUAUGAAAAUGCAAAGCGCUUUAUUAUUUGUUUUUGUUUACUCGCGUAUUAAUAUGUGCUACCUGAUAUAUAUAUAUAUAUGUGCUGUUAUGACUUUGUCCUGUUGUAACUGCUUUAUUUUGUGUGAUGAAACAUAAUUGAGCCACACCAUGAGAAAACCAACAUAGUGCAUUUGUGACCAGUGUGGAUCCAGACCGGCGUGCGCAGUCUGGUCAGGAUCCAUGCUGUUGGCUUUCAAAGCCUAUUGCAAUUAGAGAAACUGUUAGUGAACAGCAUGGAUCCUGACCAGACUGCGCAGGCUUGUCUGGAUCCAUGCUGGUCGCAAAUGCACUAUGUUGGUUUUCUCAUGGUGCGGCUCAGUUAUGUAAAAAUCUGUUUUUGUCAAAAGAAUUAAUACUUAAACCUUAAUAGCUUUAUCAGUGUAAUCUGUACUAAGCCCGGAGUAAAGUAAUUUUUAUAAAAUAGACCAGUGUUUAAUAGUGGGAUUUUUAUUUUGUUAUAAAGUAGUCCCCCAUAGAACUAUGCAUGACUGAAGCUGAUGUGCAAAUAGUCAUCUCUUUCUUUACCUUUAAAAAUCCACUUUUUAAGUUUUAGGAAGUAGCUAAUUGAUAAAACUACUGCUCUGUGCCAUUCUUCACACAUGUGAAACCACUUUUGAAGAAAAGAAAAAAUUGUCAAAUUUUGUUAAAUGAAAAUAAUUGUGUGAUAAUCAAUUUUAACUUAUUUUAUAUUUAUAACAGUAUGGUUUCUAUAGUCAAUGAUAGGUUUGGAAUAUUGCAGAGAUAUUCCUGAUUACAAUUCUACAAAAAAAAAAGGGAAUUUAUGGUACAUGUGCUUUUUAUCAAGAGAUGAUUUUACUGUCCUUUGAAUACUCCCACACUGUAUAAGAACGUCCAAUAUCUGUAUUCUUUGUUUUUAAAAAAAGCUUAUCCAAUUAUUGCUUGCUUUAUUUACUUUUAUGAAAUGAGAUUGCAGAUCUUUUAUUUCAUAAUGCAUUGUUUUAGCUGUUUGGUAUAUUUUUAGUAGUUUUGUAUCUGAUUUACUAAUUUUGUGCUACCAGCGAUGUGGCAUUUAGUCAAUCUCAGUUUGAUUGUUUAAUUAUUUUGUUCAUUGUUUUAUUUUGUUCUUUUUAUGCAGUCUAAUUUAUUAUUAUUGCCUUAAUUUUUAUUUUCUGUAUAAUAUUCGUAAACAUCUUCACAGAAGCUCUGGUUUUUAUGUUAGCAGAAGAAUGCUCAUUAUCCAAGUGCUGGUCAUUUGUCAGUAGGCCAGAUGAAAGAAUGUUUUCAACUACUCAUUUUUUUAUUUUUUUUAUGUGAGUAUAGCUGGAUGUCAUGAUCCCUACUGGGUUAAGAGUAUG